AUGGACUUAUUAGAUCACAAUCACAAAUCCCAUUUUCGCACCACCACAAACACAGGCCACACCACCACCACCGCCGCCGCCGCGGCUAAUGACCUUCUCAUUUGCUUCGCAGCCCGCCCUUCAUCCACCUCGUCAUCCAUGAAGCUCACCCGAUCCCUCCUCAGUCCCGGCCGCGCCGCCCGCGACGCCGCCGCCGGUGCCGUUGCCGGGCCAGUCUCCCUAUCCUCCUCCCUGAGCCGCCGCCUCCGCUCCAAUGGCAGUCUCAAGGGCGGAGCGUCCCCCUUCCUAGCCGCCACUGGGAAGCGCCGCGCCGGCGGCUUCGAGAACCCGGAGCCCUCCUCCCCGAAGGUCACCUGCAUUGGCCAGGUGAGGGUGAAGACUAAGAAGAAGAAGAAGGCGAACCAGACGACCCGGAGCCUCUCCAAGAGGCUGGGCGGUGAGAUCAGCUUCCGGAAGGCGGAGCAGCUGGCCACGGCCGAUGGAGGCGGCGGCGGGGACGCUUCGCAGGUUAGGUACUCGAACGCCGGGGGGCACUACCACAACCCGCCGUCGCAGGAGUGCCUGCCCCACCGGAACCAGAGGUGGGUCCACCUGCCGAUCUCGAUCUGCGACGCCCUGAGGGAAUUCAGCUGCUUGUUCCCCUGCAAGAGCUCCUGCUUCUCCAGGGACCGGGCCGACGAGCGGUCUCGGGACGGGCCGGAUGAGGGCGGUUGCCGGUCGGUCUUCGCGCGGUGGCUGGUCUCGGUAAACGACGGUGAGGGCGAGAGGAGGCAGGAGAUCGAGCUUGUGGUAGGCGGUGGAGACGAGGAGGACACGGCGGCGGAGGCGACGGAGGAAGCUAGGGUUUCGAUGAGGACCUCGAGGAGGCACGUGUUUGAGGAUAUCGAGGUUAGGGACGAUAGGAUUGAGAUUAAGGGGCAGAGUUUGGAGGAUGAAGGAGUUGAAAGGGGCAGGGUUAGCAUCUGUAUACCGCCUAAAAAUGCGCUCUUGCUGAUGAGGUGCAGAUCUGAUCCCAUGAAAAUGGCGUCCCUUGCCGGAAGGUUCAGUUGGGACCCACAAGGUGCUUGUAAGAAUGACUCUGAGAUGAAUGAGGAUGAAAAAAUGGACGAGGUUCUUGAAAAGCAAGAUGAAGUGCCAGCUUGUGAGGGGAAAGGUGAAGAAGUCUUCGAGGAAAAAGUUGAUGUCUUGAUCAGUAACAGUGAAGAACAAGAAGAGAUUACGGAUGAAGCAGGUGGUGGAGAUAUUUUGGGAUUGUUCAUGGAAGCUGAAACUUUUGUGGAAAAUAAGGAAGAUGAGUUGUUUGAAGAAAAUUUGGAGGAAAUGGCUGUAGAGAAGGGACGAGAUGACGUUGAGUUGGUGGAGGAUAUUUUGUGUAAUGAUGAAAUAUUGAUAGAAAAUGAUGAUGAAGAGGAAGACGAAGAAGAUGAAGAAGUUGAGUCUAAUAUGUCCUCAUUCGAAGCUCUUUUAAACCAUGAAAAUAUUGCAGAGCAUUAUGAAGAUGGCUCGAUCCUUCUAAACGAGGAAGAAGACCAAGAAGAAGAAGAAAGAGAAGAAGCGAAUACUGAAAUUGGCCAAAAUCAGCCAAUGCGGGAGCAAGAAGAAGCUUUAAUGGAGGGUAAAAUGGAAGAAAAAGAAGAAAAUGAAGAGGAAUUGGGCGCCAAUGCAGACAAAGAUCCAACCUUCGCAGACGAAGAAAGCGACGAAAAUAUGGCUGCACAGGUAAAGGAUCUCGACCCGGUCACAGCCCGACACGAAAACAAAGAGGAAAAUCCAGAAAUGGAGAAGAAAUCAGUGGCCCGAAAAUCAUUCGAGGAGUCCAAGAAAGACAAAGCAAGCCCGACGCUGCCUGAAUGCCUGCUGCUAAUGAUGUGCGAGCCCAAGCUGUCGAUGGAGGUUUCGAAGGAGACGUGGGUCUGCACCACGGACUUCAUCCGGUGGCUGCCGGAGCGGCCGCGCAGGUCGGCGGUCAAGGCCGGCAAGCCAGCCGCCUCCGGCGAAGAGAGGAGGCUCAGUGCCGACUCCAGGCCCGCGGACGGCAAGCUUCCAGCAGCAGCCAACAGCGCGGAGCACCCCCGGCAGCCGCCGCGGUCGUCGUGCUCGCUGCCGGCGGCGGCCGCCGCGGCGUCGAUGGCGGCGGUGAUAGAGCAGAAGCUGGCGAGCGCGGUGGGGUACGAGCCGUUCGUGCUGACGAGGUGCAAGUCGGAGCCGAUGAGGACGGCGGCGGCCAAGCUGAUGCCGGAGUCGUGCUUCUGGAAGAACGCGGUGAGAAAGAUGGAGCCGCACAGGCGUUCGGCGCUGGGAGUCGGCGCGGCUGGGGUUGGGUUCUGA